CCUGUCAGCGAUACAUACAGCUGUGCUGUAACAUGUUUUGUCAGCGCGUGUGAGACGCCUAUCGUGAUUUUAUUGAAAGAGGAUUUAAAAAAAAAAAAACAUUCCCGUGGAUACUCCCCAAUGAGCACCACUUAAGUACGUCAAUGCUGGAGCGGAGUUUGUUCGAGAAAAGCAUGGAGGGCUUCAGCAGAGUCGCUUUCCGCAGGAAACAACCAAGUCUGGACGUAGAAGACCCAGAGGGGAAAGACAACGCCGUGUGUUUCCAGUCCAAGCGUGCUGACGAAGACGCCUGCGUGCCCGUGAAAAUCGAGCACUCCAGAGCUGUUGGAAGUAGCUCGUCGUGCAAGCACAGUAACUCCUCCAGUGUGCACGCGUGUCUGAGUCGAGCAACAAGUGUGAGCAGCGAGAGGAGCCGGGCGGGUGUCAAUGGAAGAGGUUCUAGCAAGAGGCCGCUGUCGCAGUCCAAGCCACCAGUGCCUCCCAAACCAGCACACCUUCAGAGCCCGGUGACAGAGCUCUCAUCCCCUCUGGCUCACAUCCAGAAACCACAGUUUAGACCAGGGAUGGAGGAGGGAGGUGGAGGAGGAAGGGGGGCAGCAAACCGGGAGAGGGUCAGAGUCAAACACUCCAAAGUGUCAGACCUCAUCAGCCGAUUUGAGGAGAACAGCAACACAGACAACAAGAGAGCUAGCUCGCCUCUCAAACAGAGUGGCAAAUCGGCCAACUGCAGCCCCGCACACCGGACCUCCCACAGGCUGACGGAGCCCGCCAAGGUCCAGGAGAACCACUCCGCAGUAGAACUGGACUCUGUGGCAUCCAACCCGCAGGAUGCACGCUCACCCACGGCUAACGGGGUGCUAACGCAGAUGGAGCAGGACAAGAAAGAGGAGACACAGGCGUGUAACGGUGAAAACGGGCGGAUAGUCAAUGGAGAUAUGGGGAGCGCAGACAGGAGAGGUGAGGACUCGAGUCCGCACGUGCACAGAACUGGUUCAGAGAGCUCCCAAGAGAAUGAGGAGAUCGGGACGAGCACAGAACAGGAACACGCACACGAUGAGGCCGGAACAGAACAGAAGGAGACAAAUGAACAGAAGCUGUUCAAGAUCGCCAGCGAGCUCUUGCAGACGGAGAAGGCUUACGUGGCUCGACUGAACUUGCUGGAUCAGGUAUUUUGUGCCAAGCUCAUGGAGGAGGCCAACAAAGGAACAUUCCCUGUGGAUGUGGUGAAAAACAUCUUCUCCAACAUCUCCUCCAUCAACACUUUUCACAGCCAGUUUUUGCUGCCAGACUUGGAGAAACGGAUGGGAGAAUGGGCAUCCACACCUCGCAUUGGAGACAUCCUGCAGAAGCUCACACCCUUCCUCAAGAUGUACGCGGAGUACGUGAAGAAUUUCGACAAGGCCAUGGAGCUGUUGAAACAGUGGAGCGACCGUUCUCCUCAAUUCAAGGCCAUCAUUCAGGAGAUACAGAGUCAAGACGUUUGUGGCAGCCUUACACUUCAACAUCACAUGCUGGAGCCCGUGCAGAGAGUCCCUCGCUAUGAGAUGCUCCUCAAAGACUACCUGAAGAAACUUCCACAAGACGACCCCGAUCGGCGAGACUCCGAAAAAUCUUUAGAAAUUAUCGCCACGGCAGCGACUCACUCCAACAGCGCCAUACGUAAAUCUGAGAACCUAAAGAAGCUGAUGGAGAUUUACGAGAUGCUUGGCGAGGAGGAGGACAUCGUUCAUCCUUCGAACGAGUUCAUCAAAGAGGGUCACAUCCUGAAGCUGGCAGCCAGGAACACCUCGGCCAUGGAGAGAUACCUCUUCUUGUUCAACAACAUGCUGUUGUACUGCGUUCCCAAAUUCAGCCUCGGUGGACCCAAGUACACGGUCAGGACGCGGAUCGGCAUCGACGGCAUGAAAGUCCUGGAAACCACCAAUGAGGACUACCCUCACACCUUCCAGGUUUCAGGGAAGGAGAGGACACUAGAGCUACAAGCCAGCUCCGAGCAGGACAAGGCGGGCUGGAUCAAGGCUUUCCGAGAGACCAUCGAGAUCUUCCAGCAGAAGAAUGAGUCGUUCAAGAACGCAUCGAAGGACGUGGAGGAGGUGUCGAACGCUGAGCUGGGGAAACGCGCUCCUCGCUGGAUCCGCGACAACGAAGUGACGAUGUGCAUGAAAUGUAAAGAACCGUUCAACGCUCUCACGCGACGGAGACACCACUGCAGGGCUUGUGGCUACGUGGUCUGCUGGAAAUGCUCCGACAACAAGGUGGCGCUGGAGUACGAUGGCAACAGAGUGAACAAAGUAUGCAAGGAUUGUUUCUCCAUCCUGACAGGAGAGGCCAUCGCUGAGGGCAAGAAGAAGGGCAUCCUGGAGAUCGAGGCGGGUCAGUUCACAGGCAGCAGCAUCAUGUGCGGCUUCCUGCAGUAUUGUGAGAAGAACAAACCCUGGCAGAAGGUGUGGUGUGUCAUCCCUGAGAAGGAGUGCUUAGUGCUCUACCUCUACGGAGCUCCUCAGGACGUGAAGGCCCAGAGCAGCAUCCCUCUGCUGGGCUACUCGGUGGAGGACAGCAUCCGGCCCGCCGAACCCCAGGCCAGCUUCCGUCUCAGCCAGUCCAAGUCCGUGCACAACUUUGCUGCCGAAAGCGAGGAGCUCAAGCAGCGUUGGCUCAAGGUGAUCCGUGUGGCCGUGACGGGGGAGGUGCCCGAGUGCUCUCAUACCAACGGCGGCGGCGGCGGCAGCGUGGCGGACAUGCAGGAAGCGGCCUCGGACAGCUCAUAAGGACACCGUACUUGCAAACCCGCAUUGGGUUGACCGCUUCCUCCUUUCGAGCUGGACCAGAACGAGUGCUGGAUAAGCUGCCUUUUACGCUUUUUAUCAUGCAGGCUGGAGGACUCAAGUUGGAGACAAACACUAGAGACCACACAGGAAUGGACAGCGCCCUCUAAAGCCUGUGAACUUGUACUGCACCGUCUUCCCAACUACUCAGUCUACCUGUACAGUAGAAAUGUCUAUUUCUUUAAGUUUUUUUUCACCUUGUUUGAUAGAAUUUAUGUACAGUAUUGCCUCUUUUUUUCUUUUCACAGCUGUCUUGGUGGCUCCCGCUGUGGAGGACCAAUCAAAGGUUUGGGCACACUUCCCCAUGUUAUUGAAUGAGAAGGUGUGUCCAAACUGACUGUUACUUCAAUUUAUGAUACAGUCAUCAUACACUCCAGAAUAAUUCAUUGAAUCGGACGUUUUUACAUCUCCCAGCCCACAUUUUGUGGUUUUAUAAUGAAAAGAACAUUUUAAAAAGGGUAUAAAUUUUAAAAAUAAACAACAACAACAACAACAACAAUGGAUUUCACAGUUUUGGCCACUUUCUCAUUAAACUUUAUGGAGACUGCAGACGCAGUAGUGACCCCAACGUGAGACGACCUCCAAUCUUAAAAACAUGCUUAACAGCAUCGGCGGGGGGGGAUACCGUCUUAUAUUCCGGCCAAUACAGUAAAGCUGUAUCUAAAUAUAAUAAAGCCAUUUUCAGGUGCCAGGCAUAUGUUACUCCUUUUUCGUUAAUUGGUGACAAUUAACUGACUGGGGAACAAUCGAUAAUGACUGUCGUAGGCCAAAGUGCACAGUGACAUCUUAACAAGCUGGUGCAAGAAUUGUAAAUGUGAUUUGUAUUAUUAUUAUUAAUGCUGUAAGUAACUGUAUUAUUUAAAGUAAUUUAUAGAAGAUGAUGAGCAUGAGCUGUUGGAAGUAGCACAAAUCUGUCAAAGUGUUUUUUUUUUCAAUCCACACUGUCUGCAGUGAGACAGUGACCAGUCAUCGGGGGGGGGGGUGUACGUGCCUACAUGUUUUUUUUUUUUGCCCCCUCCAGUAUUCUAUUGAAAUAAAACAUAAGAGCACAAAGUUUCUGAAUGUAUAGCCAACAUUUGUGUCCUCUCCUUGCCUCCACAAAGGUUUGAAAAGCUACGCACUUUACAAUCUUAAAGUGUAAAAUGGCAUUAAAUAUUAUUUAUGUGGAUACACUUUGUCUUUUUGUCUAUGCCUUGGUACUUUGUUGUAAUGACACCUGUUUUUGUCACUGUUCUAACCGGCCAACUGUCCCUUUUG